AUGCGGGCGGAGGAAGUGCGAGAGAGAAUCGCCAAAGCGGCGAAGGCGCAGAGAGAGUGGGCGAAAAGCUCGUUCGCGACGCGUCGGAAGCUGCUGCGGGUGAUACAGCGGUUCAUAUUGGAAGAGCAGGAUACGAUUUGUCGAGUGAGCGCGCGAGACAGCGGUAAGCCGUUGGUGGACGCGGCGUUCGGGGAGGUUCUGGUGACGCUGGAGAAGAUUCGAUGGCUGUGCAACGAGGGCGAGCGGUGGUUGAAACCCGAGAAGCGAUCGACCGGGGCCAUGAUGUUUUAUAAGAAGGCGCGGGUGGAGUAUCAUCCGGUGGGCGUCAUGGGCGCAAUCGUGCCGUGGAAUUAUCCGUUUCACAACGUUUUCAAUCCUUUGGUGGCGAACUUGUUCGCGGGGAACGCGCUCGUCGUCAAGGUGAGUGAGUACGCGAGCUGGAGCUCGCAGUACUACGGUCGCGUCAUCGAUGCCGCGCUUGAUGCCGUGGGAGCGCCGCGCGACUUGGUGCAAAUCAUCACCGGUUACGGCGAAGCGGGCAGCGCGUUGGUCACUGGCGGUGUGCAAAAGGUAGUCUUCGUCGGAUCCACUGGCAUCGGACGUAAGGUUAUGGAGGCAGCGGCGAAGACUUUGACUCCGGUCGUCCUCGAACUCGGUGGUAAAGAUCCGUUCAUCGUCUGCGCAGACGCGGAUCUCAAGCAGUGCGUUCCCAUGGCGCUGCGCGGCGCGUUUCAAUCGUGCGGUCAAAACUGCGCGGGAGCCGAACGAUUCUACGUGCAUGAGAAGAUUCACGACAAGUUUUUAGCCAAAGUACUGGAGUCGGCGAGGAAGUUACGUCAAGGAUGGGCGCUGAGCUCGUCCGUGGAUUGUGGGGCGAUGUGCAUGCCAAAGCAAGCGCAGUACGUGCAGUCUCUCAUCGACGACGCCGUCGCACGUGGUGCGACCGUCCACGUCGGUGGUAAGAUCGAACUGGGCGCCCAGGGUGGUCAGUUCUACCCUCCGACAGUGAUCUCUGGCAUCACGCACGAUAUGCGAAUCGCUCGCGAAGAGGUCUUUGGUCCCGUGCUCGCCAUCGUCAAGACAAAGAGCGACGAGGAAUCCAUCUCGCUCGCGAACGACUGCGACUUUGGUCUCGGAUCAAAUGUUUUCACGCGCUCAACGAGACGCGCAGAAAAGCUUGGCUCACAGCUGGAGGCCGGUAUGACUUCCAUCAAUGACUUUUGCUCGACGUACAUGGCGCAGUCCCUUCCCUUUGGCGGCGUCAAGGAAUCCGGCUUCGACCGCUUCGCCGGUAUUGAAGGACUCCGCGGUUGCUGCGUCCCGAAAUCCGUCGUCGUCGAUCGAUUUCCAUGGCUCAUGAAGACCAAUAUCCCUCCUCCGUUGUGCUACCCCGUGGCGGAUAACGCGUUUGCCUUUUGCAAGGCGCUGUCGCGCAUGUUCUUCGGCUUGAACGUCGCGCAACAGUUCGGUGGAUUGUUGUCGCUCGCCAAGUGCUUCCUCAUGCCAUCGAAUUCUUACACCAAGUACGAUUAA